AUGAUUUUUUCAAAGAUUAAAGAAUUAGCAGCGUUAAAUAAAAUUGAAUUAAUUAAUGCUAAAAGUGAACUAAUAACCGAUGGAAGUGGUGAUGGAAAUGAUGUUUUUCAAAAACAAAUAUAUGCAAAAACAUAUGGAAUUUAUUUUUUGGUUGAAUUUGAAGUGUACAUGUCUGAUUCGAUUAUCAAAAGUCUUAAGAUUAUGAUUAAUGAGGCAAUUAGACGAGAAAUAGGAGGUUUUUUUGAAAGUGCAGAGAAAAACCGAAAUAUUCAUGUUUUAUUCAAAGGAAUUGUCAAUUAUGCAAGAAUAAACCAACAACGUACACAAUUGUUUAAAUAUUUAAAGCAAAAAUAUUCAAAAUUGAUAACGGACUCUAUGAUUUUAUCACCACCUUUACAAGAAUUUAACAAACAAGAAGAGAUAAAUUUAUUGUUUGUAUGGAAUUUGAGCUUAACUUCAUUAGGUCGUGUUAUAAUUACUGACUUGAAAUUAAUACCACUCAUACCGAUUAUGUCACAUCAAUGGAAGACAUUAGAUGUAUUUAAUAUAAUUGAUCAAAUACCAAGUCAUUUUCAACAGCUUGUAGAAGUUAAAGGUGUUCAAUUUGCUGUUGAAAUAAUUGUUAAAAUUUUAUUUGGGUUGAAUAAGAAAACAUAG